AUGAGAGGAGUUCUCUUGAGUUCUGAUACUGGUUUUGAUUAUCACCCGGUAUUGCUUGAUGGGUUCGUGGGAAAAAUUAAAACUUUAGGUUUGGUUUUUGAUUUUGGGUUUCUGGGUAAUCUUGUUUGUAAUCCAUUUGAGUGUUUCUUCUUGAAGGACAUUGGCUUCUAUGCUCGUCUUGCUGUAACUGCUACUGGUUCUGGAACUAGUAUAGAGGCAACUCGCGAUCAGAUCAGGAGAUAUCUUCAUGAUAAGAAAAUGGAAGAAAUGGGUACUCAGAAUGGGAGCAAAAUUGGGUCAUCAUCAUCAUCAUCUUCUUCUACUGUAGCAAAAGUAAGUAAUAAGAACAAGAGAAAGUUAGCUGAUACUUAUGAUAUUGCUCAUGAUCGAGAAAUCCCAAUUACAUCAACUGGUUCAUCUGGGUCUAGCCAUUCCCAACCAGUACCUGGUGUAACUGAGGUAGAAGACUAUGAACCUGGAGGUUGGGAGGAUCCUCUCGCAUACCAGCUUGAAGAGCUGCUAAUUUCCCAAAUCCUCCUAGUUUACCAACAUGCAAUCAGACUCAUCAAACUCGAUUUUGGGUAUCCUGAGGAUCUUAUUCAAAAGGCCCUUACAGGCCGUGGAUUUUACUGUGGUGCUAAAGAUCCUGUCCCAAACAUUGUGCAUUUCACUGUUGAGAUUUUGAAGAAAGGGAAUCAAAAUUCCAUCUUUGAUAAUUUACAACAGUUGGUGAAUUUUACUCUGGUUGAAAUGGUGGGUGUUGUGAGAGAGGUUAAACAAGGGUUAUCUGUUGUAGAUGCAAUGUGGGCUUUGUUGCUUUGUGAUUUGAAUGUUGCACAGAUUUGUCAAGAAGAAGGAGAAAUGAUGACAUCUUUUACCACCCAGAAUGUUCCUGCACCACCGCAGCCGGUGGCUGAUCAACCGGGGGUGGAGACUAAGCCUGUUGUGCAGGAAGAAAAACCAGCUAGUAGUUCCAGUUCCCAGAAGUCCAAAAAGAAGGCUAAUAAAAAAAAAGGUAAAGGGAAAAAAUCCACCGGUGGGGAGAAAAAACCAGACCCUCCAUCUGAAUUACCUCCUGCUAAUUUAACCAUUUCUGAUAAUCCUCCUACUCCAACCUCCAUAACCAAACCUCCUGCAUCAUCUUCCAUCACACCUGAUUUCCUAGCUGGAAUCCCAUAUGAUCCUUCUCUGGGCAAAUACCUGCCUCGUGACAAGAAAGAAGAGUUGAUCAUUCAGUUGGUUGCAAGAAAGCAAGAGCUUCAAAGCGAACUUCAAGGCUGGACCGACUGGGCUAAUAACAAGGUUAUGCAGACCACUCACAGAUUAAAGACAGACUUUGAACUCAGAUCACUCAGGCAAGAGAAAGUAGAUGCAGUGAAGUCUCAGAAGGAUAAGCAAACCAUAGAGGAAAACACUAUGAAGAGGCUGAAUGAGAUGGAUUUGGCUGUAAAGAAUGCUAAUGAGCAGGUUGAGAAAGCCAAGGCUACUGCCUCCAAGCUUGAGAUUGAACAAGCUGUGUUAAAGAAGGACAUGGAGGCUGCUAAAUCUCAUGCUUCCAAAUCAGCUGUGUCUUUGAAGGAAGCAAAAGAGAAUGAACAGAAAAGAGGUAAGGAGGUCCAGGCUAUGGAAGGGGAAAGAACUAUGCUGCAUCAGGAGCUUGAGUCUCAGAGGCGAAGCUUGGCUCAGCUGCAGAAGCAGUUUGACACUGCGAAGAAUAGGGCUGACCAAAGUGAGGGCCGAUGGAGGAAGGAGAAGUCGGAAAAGGAGAAGCUGCUGGCACAGGCUGCGGCCAUAAGAAAAGAACGAGAAGAACUGGAAGCCGCAACUGAAGCAGAAGAAGCGAGUAUGAAGAACCAAGCAGAAGCUGACAUGAAGAAAUGCAUGGACGACAUUAAAGAUCUGGAGAAGAAAGUGUCUGAGAUGAAACUCGCAUCCGAAGCUUCAAAGAUAGCAGAAAUGAAGAAAGAUUAG